AUGACAGUGGCAGUGAAAUCUAGAUCAAAAAGUCUUAAGGACAUGGAGCUCCCCGGCGGGACCAAGACCGUCGAGGAUGCCCUUACGGCUAUAUCCAAAGCGAACCGCAACAUCAGCAAGAAUCGGAUCAGACUCACCUACCUGAAAGAAACCAAACAGGUAGCCAUUACUUCGGAUGAUUUUUUCACAGAUGGCUGCGAGACCCAGGUUUUCGUAAAAGACAUUGGCCCACAAGUUUCGUGGCGCCUUGUUUUCUGCGUCGAAUACAUCGGACCAAUUCUGGUGCAUUCGUUGUUCUACUGGCUUUCAACGACCGAUUUUGGCGCUAAAUUACACUCUCCCUCGCGGCGCCCCAACCCUUUUGUCAACCAGCUCGCGUACUACAUGGUUAUCGCGCACUACACGAAGCGAGAACUAGAAUCUUUAUUCCUGCAUAAAUUCUCGCACGCUACAAUGCCACUUUUCAACAUCUUCAAAAACUCUUUCCACUACUGGGUUUUGAGCGGUGCUAUUUCUGCUGGCUAUUUUGGGUACGGUUUCCCACUUACUGACGCACAGCUUUUCCGCAUCUACUCCAUGCUAAAACUCAACAAUCUUUCCCGUCUGAUCGGGCUUUUUGCUCUUUCCGAGGUAUGGAACUUUUACGUUCAUUACAAACUUCGCAAGUGGGGUGAUGCUCAGAAGAAGAAGGGCGUCAUCCAGCGCGUUCCAUUGGAAGACGGCAUUUUUAAGAUUUUUGUCGCCCCUAACUACACUUUCGAGGUUCUAUCCUGGUUUUUCUUUACCGUCGUAUUCAAGUUGAACCUGUUUGCCGUGUUCUUCUUGUUCGUCUCGGCGGGCCAAAUGUACCUGUGGGCAAUGAAAAAGAAUAAGAAAUACGGUACGAAAAGAGCCUUUUUGAUUCCGUUCGUGUUUUAA